AUGAAAUCUGAAGAGAUUGAAAUGCUCCCUCUCAAAUCAAGGCUCGAUUCGGACGAGGAAAGUUUUGUGUAUGAGAAAGAACCGUGGACACUACAUAAUUGGUUGCAUCCACCAGAUUUACCGAGAGCCUGUCAAUUGCUUCGGAAGGAGAAUAUUGCUAUUCCCGCUUGCUACUUGCUGGUGGGAAUUCUCCAAGGUCUUAUUGGGCCUUUGAUCAAUGUAUAUCCGUUGGAUUUGGGAGCAACAGAAGCCCAAUAUAGCACAAUAUCGAGUCUUCGCAGCCUUCCAGCGACAUUCAAGCUUGCAUUCGGUUUCCUGUCUGAUAAUUUCCCAAUUUUUGGGUACAAAAGGAAGUCAUUCAUGAUGUUAGGUUGGUUCAUGGCGUCGCUGAGUAUGGGAUUUUUGCUGUUUGUAUCCGAUCUAUCGCUGCACGAAGAAGAGUUUGUGGACGAGCAAGGAGAAAUAGGAAAACGAGUUGUUGCUCCCGAAAACGCCCCUUCCAUUCCAUUGCUGAGCUUGGCUACCUUGCUCUUUGGGACUGGCUUUUGGAUGGCGGAUGUUAUGGGCGACUCAGUUGUAGCGGAGAAAGCGAAAUUGGAGCCUGAAAAUGCAAGAGGAAGUGUCCAAUCAUCUUGCUACUCAUAUCGCUUUUUCGGACUUAUGGUGGCAGCGCCCUUCUCAACGACGAUUUACAGCUGGUGCGGUCCGAAAUUUGUCAUCUUUCUUCUGUCAAUGCUUCCUCUAUCGAUUCUACCUUUGGUGUAUUGGCUUCAUGAAGAGAAAAACGCCCCUGUUGCUCCUACAAGUACGCAAUGCAAAGAAAUCUGGAACACAGUACGAUCUCGGGCGGUAUGGCAACCUUUAGGGUUCGUAUAUCUUUACAAUGUGUUGCAAGUGGGAAAUGUGGCUUGGAAGGAAUAUCUGAAAACAACUCUGGGAUUCACAGCGGCCCAACUGAAUUCCAUAUAUGUAGUUGCUUGUGUCCUCCUUUAUGUUGGUGUUGUGAUAUACAAGUACUAUUUAAUCAAUUGGAGUUGGAGAACGGUUUACGUGGUUACGACGGCCCUGAAUGGGCUGUUUAGCUUCCUUCAAGUGCUUUUGAUACUUGGAAUUACAUUUGGUCUUUCAAACUUUGUGUUUGCUUUGGGCGACGAUGCUUUUGCCGAGUUGAUUGGAGGCAUUCAAUUUCUGCCAACAACAAUCAUGAUGGUCCAUCUGUGUCCUGAUGGUUCUGAAGGCGCUUCUUAUGCCAUGUUUACGACAGUCAACAAUUCCGCUCUCAACUUGAGUGCGGCGAUAUCAACACAGUUGCUUCGAAUUUGGGACGUGUCCAAAGAAGCUCUGGCACGUCAUGACCUCUCUGGAAUGAUUAAUCUGACAAUAUUAACCUCAUUGAUACAAAUCUCAGGCCUUGCCUUUGUUGGGCUUCUCCCAAAAACCAGAGGCGAACUUUUGGCGCUUAAAGAACGAAAAUUCGGAAUGUCCAGUCUCGGUGGAGCUAUCUUUUUGUCAAUUACCUUUACUUCGAUUCUUUACUCAUUGGUUGUAAGCAUCUUGAACAUAAUCAAUCCUGGUUGGAUGGGAGAGAGUUGA